AGCCGCUUCUGGGUGAGUCCGUGGCCGCACCUAAUCUGCUCGCUUCGCAGGCAAAUCCCUUCUUUUCAAACCCUCUCGAUCGGGAAAGGAAAGGAGAAAAGAAGAAGAAGCGGGCUUCGUACUUCAGAAACCCUAGUUCCUUCCCGCAAGAAAGCCUACUCCUUCUCUUGAAAUCGCGGGAUUCUCAUUCUCCAAACCCACGCACAUCUCUCUCUGCACCGUCCAUCUGGUGGGCCGUACCCUUGAUCAGUCACAGUUCAAGAAAGCACAAAGACUCACUUUAACUGAUUUCAAUGGGGAGAAACAUGUUUAUCCUGGAACUCCUGUGAAAGGUGAAGUAUUGAGCAUGCUUUUCGCAUAUAUUUUGACGUAAAGAAGUUAGGAAAAGUUGAAUAGAGUUUGAUGGGUUCUUCCGUGGUAACACCUGAAGACGUGCUAGAAUCACUAAUGAAUGAUGGCACCGUUGAUGCCAUCAGAUUGAAGAUAAUCAAUCAGCUAAAAGCAAAUGAAGAGUUGAAGAAUAACACAAUCACAAUGGUGGAGCAGAGUAAAGUUCUUAACACUCCUGGUGCAGAGAGACAGACUAAGAGGGAACUUUUCGAUGCACUUCGCCGGGAACUCGAAACUCCAGUGCUUGAGAAGGCCUCCAAAUCAGUUUGGGAGUUGAUUCUAGACGAUAAUGGUUUGGGAAAGGAGAUUAGUGAAACUGUCGAGAAAGUGUACUGUAGAUUGAGUGGUCUGGAGCCCCCCUUGCUUCCUUCUUCAAAUGGUGAUGCACAACAGCCAGUGAAAGAGACAGAGAAAGAGAAGGAGAAUUUGGAUUCUUCAUCCAAGAAGAGGACCUACAGCGAGAUGCGCACACAAGGAGCAGUGGAAGCUGCAAAUGGAUGCAGUGAUGCUCCCGCUGCACCGGAAGAUUCUGGUACGGCUACUACAUCCAAUCAAAACACAUAAAUCUAUGGUUCUGAUUUGUGGGUUUUCAUUAGCUGAAGAUCAAUGAAAAGUUUUCUGUUCUAAACUUCUAAUUGGUGGGACAUUAGAAAGUCUCCUAUAACCCAUGAAGUAGUGAAUUUUAAAACACAAAAUGUUGGAGCUGAUUGAGCUAGUAUGUAUCGUAGUAGAGCUGUAUAUAUUUCAUUGAAGGAACUGAUUGUUUCGACCAAGUUUAACUAGUGUGUCAUUCUCAGGUCGAAAUGGCAUGGUGAUAGAUAAAGUAGACUGUAUUGGGCAUCUUAUUCUGGGUGGGGCAAGAAAUGGCUGAGAUUAUUUGCGUUUGGAUGCACAAUUGUAUUAAAUUGCAAGAAUGAGUUUAAUGAAGUGGAAUAAUAAAAUUGCAAUCACCUUAGCAUUCA